AUGGCUCUCCCCAAACCCGCUACCAACGAAACACCCAAGCACUUCCCGACUUUCCCGGACCUAGCUGGCAAAGUGGCCCUGAUAACCGGUAUUGGGCAAGUCGGAAUUCCCAAAUCUCCGACCUGGGGUAACGGUGCGGCUACUGCUCGCAUACUUAGCUACAACGGCGUCAAGAUCUUCGGCUGCGAUAUCAACCUCUCCGCUGCAGAAGCCACCAAGAAACGCCUAUUAGACGCAAAGCCGGACGCAGAAGUCGAAGUAGUGACCUGCGAUGUAACCAAGCAGUCCGAUGUCGAUGCAUUCGUCAAGGCUGCAGUGGACAAGUUCGGCCGGAUCGAUAUCCUCGUCAACAACGUCGGCGCCACGAGGCCAGGGGAUCCAGCAUCGAUGACCGAGCAGGCGUGGAUGCAGCAGGUCGAUGUCAACCUCCAUUCCGUGUACCGAUGCUGUCAUGCUGUCCUGCCGAUCAUAGAGUCCCAAGGGGACGGAGGCGUCGUGAUCAACAACGCCUCCAUCACCGCACUACGGUACAUCGGCAAGCCGCAGAUCGCGUACGCCACUGCCAAAGCAGCUGUUAUCCGGUACACAAAAUCCAGCGGGGUGAUGUAUGCGGCCAAGGGGAUCAGAUUCAACGCUGUGGUUCCUGGGUUAAUGUACACGCCUUUGGUGGAGAAUUUUGGGGCCAGCGAGAAGGAAGAGGAUAAGGAGGUGUUCAAGAAGAUCACCGAGCAUAAUGUUCCGAUGGGGAAGAUGGGGGACAGCUUUGAUGUAGCGAAUGCGGUGGUGUGGUUGGCGAGCGAUGCUGCCAGAUAUGUGACGAGUCACGCGCUGGUGGUUGAUGGGGGAAUUACUGAGAGUACUGGUACCGGGGGAUAG